CCUUCCGCCGCAUGUGGCUGCAGCGCGAUGCCCAAAUCCAAGCGCGACAAGAAAGUUUCCUUAACCAAAACUGCCAAGAAAGGCUUAGAACUGAAACAGAACCUGAUAGAAGAGCUUCGAAAAUGUGUGGAUAUGUACAAGUACCUUUUCAUCUUCUCCGUGGCCAACAUGAGGAACAGCAAGCUGAAGGACAUCCGGAACGCCUGGAAGCACAGCCGGAUGUUCUUUGGCAAAAACAAGGUGAUGAUGGUGGCCUUGGGUCGAAGCCCAGCUGACGAGUACAAAGACAACCUGCAUCAAGUCAGCAAGAAGUUGAGGGGUGAGGUCGGUCUCCUUUUCACCAACCGCACCAAGGAGGAAGUGAAUGAGAACCCCACCACCACCACUUGUCUUUUCCUGAGGUGGUUUACGAAAUACACGGAAAUGGACUUCGCUCGAGCCGGAAACAAAGCAACUUUCACUGUGACCCUGGACCCUGGGCCCCUGGAGCAGUUCCCCCACUCCAUGGAGCCACAGCUGAGGCAGCUGGGCCUGCCCACUGCCCUCAAGAGAGGUGUGGUGACCCUGCUGUCCGACCACGAGGUGUGUAAGGAGGGCGACGUGCUGACCCCAGAGCAGGCCCGUGUGCUGAAGCUUUUCGGGUAUGAGAUGGCUGAAUUCAAGGUCACCAUCAAAUACAUGUGGGAUGCGCAGUCUGGAAGGUUCCAGCAGAUGGGAGAUGACUUGCCCGAGAGUGCAUCCGAGUCGGCAGAAGAAUCAGAGGGGGAAGAUGACUGCUGACAGAUACUGGGGACGGACUGUGGGAACCACCCCGCUCGUUGAACAGCAGGGAGGGCGAGAGGGAUGGACUGCUUUUCUAUAAGGAAUAAAACUGUCUGCAAGGUGGCUCCUGUGGACAGCAAAGAGGACUUUUCCUAGAAAAAAGGCCUUGGCUUUGGACUUUUAUUUGGAUUCUCUGGGUUCCUUUGUUUACCUGGAGCCAGCUUCCAGCACUGGCUCCCGCAUUACGUCUGGGGACGUGAGAGCCACCCCCAGAGCUGGGGCUUCUCUCCUCUGGCCCUUUUGCGCCUCCUGGACAUGGGGGUUUGCCAAGGAAUAAAGGAACCCUGGCCACCCUUCCUGCCCCUUUCUUUCUCUCCCUCCUCCCCCCCAGUCCU